AUUGCAAAAUUUGCUCUUCGCGUUAGGUUUCCUUUUCUUGCAGAUUUUAUUCUCGCCAUGUCUGAAACUGCUCCCGCCGAGACUACGGCUCCCGCUCCUGUAGAGAAGUCUCCCGCCAAGAAGAAGACAAAAAAAGCUGGCGCGGCAAAGCGCAAGGCCACUGGCCCCCCGGUAUCUGAGCUCAUAACUAAGGCUGUUUCUGCCUCUAAAGAGCGCGGCGGCGUGUCCCUGCCUGCUCUGAAGAAGGCAUUGGCUGCUGGUGGCUACGAUGUGGAGAAGAACAACAGCCGCAUCAAGCUUGGGCUCAAGAGUUUGGUGAGCAAAGGUACCCUGGUGCAAACAAAAGGUACUGGCGCCUCUGGUUCCUUCAAGCUUAACAAAAAGGUGGCUUCCGGCGAAGCCAAGCCCAAGGCUAAGAAGACUGGGGCUGCCAAGGCCAAGAAACCUACAGGUGCCACCCCGAAGAAGCCCAAGAAGACUGCCGGGGCCAAGAAGACCGUGAAGAAAACUCCAAAGAAAGCAAAGAAGCCUGCAGCGGCUGGAGUAAAGAAAGUUACCAAGAGCCCUAAGAAGGCCAAGGCUGCUGCCAAGCCUAAAAAGGCGACUAAGAGCCCGGCAAGGCCCAAGGCGGUGAAAUCUAAGGCGUCCAAGCCUAAAGUUACCAAGCCCAAGGCAGCUAAGCCUAAGGCUGCCAAGGUAAAGAAGGCUGUUUCCAAGAAGAAGUAAGCUUGCUUGUAACAGCAGCAAAGCCCCAAAGGCUCUUUUCAGAGCCACCCAGAGAACUCUGUGAAUGUAGCUGUACACACUUUAAGCUCUCCCGGGUUGUUAUCUCCCAAUUGGGCCAACCAACUGGAACACCUUCCCGCCCUGAUUUGGGCCCUGUGCUCAAUCUACAAGGUAAGACGGUUUAGUCUUACCUAUGGAUAAAUUGGUUAUGUUGGCUGUUGGUAGUCUCGCGGCCCACUAUGGUCACUUGGGACCUGUACGUGGGCCAUAACUGCCCAGUGUGGAAUAAAAGCGUUGUUAGUAGC